UUCGUCUCCUACCACCACGAGAGAACUAAAGUUUCGCGCCAGUUCAAAGAACAGAUCGGCUGCAGGUGGAUUUGGCGAACGUACAUCGGUACCGAAAGUUUCUUCUAGAAUAGAGGUCCUUCAUAUUUUCGUUGGUUCGAUCUGUCAAUCUUUGAGAAGGCACCGUGAGCGUAAUUAAUCUCUGCAAACACGUGAUACUUGUGGAUCUUGAAAAGAAUCCAUCGUUGAGUGUUUAAUGAUAUCCUCCCAUGAUAGUGCUGAGAUUUGAUAAAUUGCAGUAUUGAUAAAUCACGGUGGUAAUAGCAGGAAAUCCAUAAUAAUUGUAAAUUAGUUGAUAUUAAAACUGUUGAUGAGUCUUAGUGGUUUAUUAGGAUGAGGAUAGGACAGUCGUGCUGGGUGCUGCUGGCAGUCGUGCUACUGUCCCCGAUCCAUGCCGAGAAGAACACCGACAAUGUCGAUGAUGUCGACGACGGCGAGAAAGCUCAGGAAAAGAUAUCGACGUCGCUCAAGCUCGACGAAGAUGCCAAAAACAGAACGAGCAAAGUACGAGAAGUAGUGGCAUCCGCGAUGAAGAUGCCGGAAAAGCGGGAACAAAUUGGCGAGGUAAUACCAAUAAUACGUAGCAUGUCACCGCCACAAAAGCUGGCAAUGGCAACGCUAAUUUCCACGAGAAUAUCCAGUAACGACACGACUUCACCGCCACUCGAGGAAGUUGAGUCGCUCCUCGGCAGCGGAAACAGGGAAAACGCGAGCAGAGAACUGAUGCUACCGAUCAGCAUGGACAUUGCGAAGAUCAUAUCCAACGAUUCCGAUUCCGAUGAGGGCGGGGGAGAGGAUUCGGACGAGAUGCCCGAAGCGUUACCCGAGGCUCAAGAAUUACGAUUAAUGAGGAUCCAAGAGCGACGGCGACCCGUGCUUAUCAAACCAUUGCGACCCCCCAUAAGACCGUCUAUUCCGAACAGGAGGAACGUUUACACAGGUAUAUCGAGGCCGCCUGUCAUGCGGCCGUCUAAACGGCCGAACGAGUCGAAGAGGAGGCCCACGGAAAACGAAUGCACUUUCUUCACGAAGACGGUGUGUCUCGAGGCCAAUGAUUAUCCGCACGAAGCGAUAAUAAGAAGUUUAAGGUCCAAUAAGGAAAUGGUAUCCGCAUUGUUGACCGAUUAUAAGGCGCAAGAUUACGGAAGCGCGGAAGAAAAAUUGCCGAGCGCCCUACCGCUGGAGAAUAAAUACGAGAAUCGCUAUGAGAGCAGAUACGAAAGCAAUGAAAUUAAAAGACGAUCUGACAAUCCCUUCGAUAACGUGGAGGAGGGUUUCACUUGUCCAUCAACUGUCAAAUAUGCUCGGCCGCAAUUAGCGAGAGCUGCUUCUGGAGUAUGGAAGUAUAUAAUAAACACAGGUGAACACACCCAAACGAUACGACUGGAGAAAUGCUCCAAUCCACAGUCGAGCUGCUCGUUUAUUUCCGAAAACUACCGUUCUUCCUGCGUACAAAUCUACAAUUAUCACAGAUUGUUGACUUGGGAUCAAAAACUAGGACUACACAUGGAUAUAUUCAAAGUACCAACUUGCUGCAGCUGCCACGUGCACGGCUACAGCGAGAUCUUCCCUCCGCAUCAAAAGGAUCCCCCGAUGAAGCCCAAGGAGACGUUCCCGGGAGCAGAUUUCGCGACAAUCAACGAACAGAAGGAUGAUUUUCAGGACUUCAACAAGGCCGUCGGUCUCAAUCACAUCACCAAAUACACUCCCACCUUGGCCUACGACUCCAGCCACGGUAUUUUACUUCAGAAUUACUCGCCAUCACCCACGCCAUCGAACGACCUCAGUGAAUACGUCUCGUUUCCCCCAGUGUCCAGCAACAAGAAGACAGUGAUAGAGAUCAGCCCGACGAGUAGACCCAGCUUUACUCUGUCCAAUAGAACUAGGCCGAAAAAGCCCGCAUCGAUUCCGAGGCCAUACGACAAAUUGCCGCAGCAACAUGCGCCCAACACGCGGGCGCCAGGCUACAAAGGUCCAUUGACCAAGAGCAAUAGGCCCAAUCGACUCAACAGGCCACCUUUCAGACGAGAAUCCACCUCCCACGAGGAUUUUUCGGAAACUUCCCGUAACAGCACGAGCAACAAUCGAUACAGUCAGCCGUAUGACCAGAAUAUGGAUGCUACGUCGAGACUACAAAACGGAGGCUUCGACGAGGAAUACCAGGAGCCGCAGAGGAGAAUCAACUAUAACUAUCACCCAAUCAUAGAUUUUUUCAAGCCGGAGGCUGCGAUGUUGCAAUCCGCGGAGCCGCAACUCGCCACCCAGCCGGCACCGGUUCAAAGCGACAAUAGCGCAUGGAAGCCGAUGAUAUCUUAGAUCAUAGUUCUUCCUUUACAGUACCUGACAUCCUAUUUUAAUGAAGAUUCCAAAUCAUUAUUUCGCGAGUUUCGCGUUUUUUACAUUAAUCUCUAGGAUCGUGAGAGAAUAAUGUAAGACUCGACUCAAAAGAGUCUCAAAGGCACGUAAAUAAUAAACAUGCCAUCGCGUGUUCUAAAUUGAGUUCAACACAAAAGAGAGAAAAAUUUAAAAAUUAAUUAAAAUUACAAAUAAAGACUAGCUUAUAUCUAAUUUAAUAUUUAGAGGUUUUAUCGCAAAACAUUUCGUAUUGUUAUAAAAACUUAAAUAAAUACUUUAUCUAAUUAGUUUUAUUUUAUCAUUUAAUUAUAAUAAUAUAAAAACGUCAUAUAAAAACGUAACAAGUGGCGAUAAAUUUUUAUUCAAAUAUUCCAUAAAGGAUUUGUUAUAUAAUAAUAAUAAAAUAGUAAAAAUUGUUAAUGUUAGAAUAUUAUAACCAAAAAGUGAGUAGAUGCAAUAAUCGGUUUGUUUCUUUCUACUACAUGUUUGUUUUCUGAUAUUUAUAUUUAUAAUUGUUACCUCUCUCUAUAAAUUAUUUAUAAAUUAUACUUAAGGAAUUUACGAUAUAUGAUUGUGUUUCAUAUUAUCAAUAAAGUAUUUUUAGAAUUUU